GUUGUACGGUGGUUAGGAGUAUACUUUGAUCGGAAGUUGCUCUUCAACCACCAUGUCAAGACUCUUGCGGGAAGUGCAGGCAAAGCGGUGGGCUCUCUCAUAAUGCUCGCAAACACGGUCAAGGGCCUAUCACCCUACCACAUGCGUAUGAUGUACAAGAGCUGCGUGGUUCCUGUCAUGACAUAU